AAUACAAUAUUAGAUACAGAGUAUCCUGCUUCACAGACAGCAAAAAGGAAACUAUCAAAAAAGUCUGAUAUAAAUCUUUCGAAUGAAAUUAUAAUAGAAAUAUUUCAACAUUUACGAAUACAAAAUAAAAGAUUAUAUG